CCACGUCAUCACUAAGCGUCCUUCUUUUCGUUCAAUUGCCGGGUAAACACUUUACUCAAACAGCUAACGUUAACCCAAAAACUAAAAUCCGCUUGUUGUGAACUGAAACGUACUCAAACUGACUUGUUUAAUGAAUUUAUUUGGACUGUGUGUGGUUCACUUAAUUUAGGCCCGCUGUUAUUCUUGCGAGGGUAGCAGUGGACUUGAACUGCUACCACGGUUUGAAAAGUUUCGCCGUUUGCUAAAGGCUAACGUUAACGCUGUCAGCGGGAGACGAUCCAUCAGCGGCGCGACCCGGAGCCCCUUCAGAGGAUGGAUAGUGAAAUCCAACGAGAUGGGAGAGUCCUGGACCUCACUGAUGAUGCUUGGAGGGAAGACCGACUGCCGUAUGAAGAUGUCACCAUCCCUCUGACUGAAUUGCCUGAGGCGGAGCAGGACAACGGAGGCUCUACAGAAUCCGUGAAGGAACAAGAGAUGAAGUGGACAGACCUCGCCCUGCAGAGCUUGCAUGAGAACACACCGAGCACUGGAAGCUGAAAGACCAAUCGGGAAUCCGACUAGGACAGAAAAAGCAAGUGGACACUGGAUCCAGAGGCCUAUGUGGCUUUAUGCAUUUUAUUGUGUCAUUUGAAUCAGCUGAAAUGAAAAUGUGCUUUGAUUGGCUAUUGGGUUUAAAUUGUAGUCCUCAGAAUUAUUAAUGUAAAGUAACAACUUUAUAAUGACAUAAAUAGAAAAUAGUUACGUUCCAUAUCCUUCAAGUUUUUCUUAUUCUGUGCUAAAUUCAGAAAUUCAUGCAUUGGCAGAGACUGUCGGUGCUCUGUGGAAAAGAUAAAUACAAAUAUUUAUUACCAAUACGUGCGUUAGCUUUCCAUCACUUCCAUCAUAAAAACAUUGGCUUCAUUUUAUAAAUUGGUUGUUCUAAAUCAGAGCAUCAUGUUUGCUGUUCUGUUCUGUAAAUAUAUGACAAUGAUAUAUAAGUAUUCACAGACCAUAAUCUAAAAAUAAACUUUUCUUAAUGUUU